AUGGGAUUCAAAUCGUUUACUUUUUUUGACUAUACCAACAUUUCUUCCUCUUCCUCCACCUCUUCCUCCUCCUCCUCUCUCCUUGUCUUCCUCUUCCUCCGCCUCUACCUCCUCCUCCUCUCUCCUUGUCUUCCUCUUCCUCCACCUCUACCUCCUCCUCCUCUCUCCUUGUCUUCCUCUUCCUCCACCUCUACCUCCUCCUCCUCUCUCCUUGUCUUCCUCUUCCUCCACCUCUACCUCCUCCUCCUCUCUCCUUGUCUUCCUCUUCCUCCACCUCUACCUCCUCCUCCUCUCUCCUUGUCUUUCACCUCUACCUUCUCCUCCUCUCUCCUUGUCUUCCACUUCCUCCACCUCCACCUCCUCUCUCCUUGUCUUCCUCUUCCUUCACCUCUACCUACUCCUCCUCUCUCCUUGUCUUCCUCUUCAUCCACCUCAUGCUCCUCUCUCCUUGUCUUCCUCUUCCUCCACCUCUACCUCCUCCUCCUCUCUCCUUGUCUUCCUCUUCCUUCACCUCUAUCUCCUCCUCCUCUCUCCUUGUCUUCCUCUUCCUCCACCUCUACCUCUUCCUCCUCUCUCCUUGUCUUCCUCUUCAUCCACCUCUACCUCCUCCUCUCUCCUUGUCGUCCUCUUCCUUCACAUACCUCCCUCCUUGUCUUCCUCUUCCUCCACCUCUACCUCCUCCUCCUCUCUCCUUGUCUUCCUCUUCCUCCACCUCUACCUUCUCCUCUCUCCUUGUCUUCCUCUUCCUCCACCUCUACCUCCUUCUCCUCUCUCCUUGUCUUCCUCUUCCUCCACCUCUACCUCCUCCUCCUCUCUCCUUGUCUUCCUCUUCAUCCACCUCAUGCUCCUCUCUCCUUGUCUUCCUCUUCCUUCACCUCUACCUCCUCCUCCUCUCUCCUUGUCUUCCUCUUCCUCCACCUCUACCUCCUCCUCCUCUCUCCUUGUCUUCCUCUUCCUCCACCUCUACCUCCUCCCCCUCCUCUCUCCUUGUCUUCCUCUUCCUCCACCUCUAUCUCCUCCUCCUCUCUCCUUGUCUUCCUCUUCCUUCACCUCUACCUCCUCCUCCCUCCUUGUCUUCCUCUUCCUCCACCUCUACCUCCUCCUCCUCUCUCCUUGUCUUCCUCUUCCUCCACCUCUACUUUCUCCUCCUCUCUCCUUGUCUUCCUCUUCCUCCACCUCCUCCUCUUCUCUCCUUGUCUUCCUCUUCCUUCACCUCUACCUUCUCCUCCUCUCUCCUUGUCUUCCUCUUCCUCCACCUCUACCUCCUCCUCCUCUCUUCUUGUCUUCCUCUUCCUCCACCUCUUCCUCCUCUUCCUCCACCUCUACCUCCUCCUCCUCUCUCCUUGUCUUCCUCUUCAUCCACCUCUACCUCCUCCUCCUCUCUCCUUGUCUUCCUCUUCCUACACCUCUACCUCCUCCUCCUCUCUCCUUGUCUUCCUCUUCCUCCACCUCUACCUCCUCCUCCUCUCUCCUUGUCUUCCUCUUCCUCCACCUCUACUUUCUCCUCCUCUCUCCUUGUCUUCCUCUUCCUCCACCUCCUCCUCUUCUCUCCUUGUCUUCCUCUUCCUUCACCUCUACCUUCUCCUCCUCUCUCCUUGUCUUCCUCUUCCUCCACCUCUACCUCCUCCUCCUCUCUUCUUGUCUUCCUCUUCCUCCACCUCUUCCUCCUCUUCCUCCACCUCUACCUCCUCCUCCUCUCUCCUUGUCUUCCUCUUCAUCCACCUCUACCUCCUCCUCCUCUCUCCUUGUCUUCCUCUUCCUUCACCUCUACCUCCUCCUCCUCUCUCCUUGUCUUCCUCUUCCUCCACCUCUACCUCCUUCUCCUCUCUCCUUGUCUUCCUCUUCCUUCACCUCUACCUACUCCUCCUCUCUCCUUGUCUUCCUCUUCAUCCACCUCAUGCUCCUCUCUCCUUGUCUUCCUCUUCCUUCACCUCUACCUUCGCCUCCUCUCUCCUUGUCUUCCUCUUCCUUCACCUCUAUCUCCUCCUCCUCUCUCUCCUUUUCUUCCUCUUCCUCCACCUCUACCUCCUCCUCCUCUCUCCUUGUCUUCCUCUUCCUCCACCUCUACCUCCUCCUCCUCUCUCCUUGUCUUCCUCUUCCUCCACCUCUACCUCCUCCUCCUCUCUCCUUGUCUUCCUCUUCCUCCACCUCUACCUCCUCCUCCUCUCUCCUUGUCUUCCUCUUCCUCCACCUCUAUCUCCUCCUCCUCUCUCCUUGUCUUCCUCUUCCUCCACCUCUACCUCCUCCUCCUCUCUUCUUGUCUUCCUCUUCCUCCACCUCUUCCUCCUGCUCCUCUCUCCUUGUCUUCCUCUUCCUCCACCUCUUCCUCCUGCUCCUCUCUCCUUGUCUUCCUCUUCCUCCACCUCUUCCUCCUCCUCCUCUCUCCUUGUCUUCCUCUUCCUCCACCUCUUCCUCCUCCUCCUCUCUCCUUGUCUUCCUCUUCCUCCACCUCUACCUCCUCCUCCUCUCUCCUUGUCUUCCUCUUCCUCCACCUCUUCCUCCUGCUCUGCCUCAACACUUGCAAAGUUCUGA